CCACCUGCACAAUUUCCACAAAGAAAAAGGUCAAAAUAUCUAACUUUUUUCAUGUCAAACAAAUUUCAGUCAAACAAAAGAACAAGAAUCAGUCUUCUGCUGAUCCAACACUCCAUAUAAACUCAACAUCAUCAUCACCAACAUUCAAAGAUCACCACAAGAUUUUUCAUAUCCCAAAGGAGGAAGCAUGGGUUCUUGCUUUUCUUCUUCUUCUUCUUCCAGUAUUCAGAACCCUAAUUCCACUGGCAAUCUAAGUUCAGCCAUUUCACAGACCACCAUCAACAGUACUACUACAAAUUCAUCAUCAUCAGGAGCAAGCAAACUAUCCCAUGACAGCCAGUUUUCAGCGGCAAGUGGUGGCGAUGAGGCGGGACCCGGUGGCCAGAUCCUGCCUCAUCCCAAUCUUAGGGUGUUCAGCUUUGCUGAGCUCAAAACCGCCACUCGAAACUUUCGAAGCGAUACGGUUUUAGGCGAAGGCGGUUUUGGGAAGGUUCAUAAAGGCUGGCUUGAAGACAAAUCCAGUUCGAAAAGUAAUGUAAUUGCUGUUAAGAAAUUGAAUUCUGAGAGCAUGCAAGGAUUGCAAGAGUGGCAGGCGGAGGUGGAUUUUCUAGGAAGGCUUUCGCACCCUAACCUCGUUAAACUAUUGGGAUAUUGUUACGAGGGUACCGAGUUGCUACUGGUAUACGAGUUUAUGCAAAAGGGGAGCUUGGAAAACCAUCUGUUUGGAAGAGGGUCCACGGUUCAGCCACUUCCGUGGGAUAUCCGGCUCAAGAUAUCAAUAGGAGCAGCUCGGGGACUUGCGUUUUUGCACACUUCAGAGAAACAAGUUAUUUAUCGAGAUUUCAAGGCAUCCAACAUUUUGUUAGACGGGUCUUAUAAUGCAAAGAUAUCUGACUUUGGGCUCGCUAAAGUUGGCCCGUCGGCUAGUCAGUCACAUGUAACGACACGGGUCAUGGGAACUUAUGGUUAUGCUGCUCCAGAGUAUGUUUCCACAGGACAUUUGUACGUUAAGAGUGACGUGUACGGUUUUGGAAUUGUUCUGGUCGAAAUGCUAACGGGCUUGCGGGCACUUGACACCACCCGCCCAGCUGCCCAACACAACUUAAGUGACUGGGUCAAACCAUACUUAGCUGACAGAAGGAAGUUGAAAAACAUCAUGGACUCACGGCUUGAAGGACGAUACCCUUCGAAGGCUGCAGCCCAAAUUGCUCAAUUAGCCCUUACGUGUCUCGGGCCCGAACCAAAAACCCGACCAUCGAUGAAAGAAGUAGUGGAGAAACUAGAACAACUUGAUGCUAUUAAUGAAAGGCCAAAGGUACCUAGAGUACACAACUCGGCUCAUCAUUCUCCGUAUCGACGACACACGCAACACACUUCACAUCAUCGUCGUUCUCCACAACUUCAUGGUACUCCGGAAAGAAAUCGAGGAAGCAAUCGUUCACCAAAAGGGCGGUGAAUUUACAGUUUUACCCUUGUGGGAUAUUAAUUCACAAGUGUCAUACACAUUUUAGUCAAGUGCAUUGUUUUUAUUAUGUAUUACUGAUUACCUUAGUGAUUUUGUGAUAUUUGAGAAUUGUUGAUAUAUGAACUUUAAGAGUUUAUAGCAGUUUGAUCUUGCUUUUGUCA